ACGGUUCAGUUACCAGCGGGAAGUCGGAGCGUUCGGUUCAGCCAAGCAGCAGGAAAAAGGAUUCAACCGCAGCAACGGUGCUAAUUUGUAGCUAAGUGGAUUUGUAUCCAGAUUUCAUCCACCCAGGACGCUAUGGAUAGUAAAGAGUUCCGACGCCGCGGUACCGAGAUGGUGGAGUACAUCUGCAACUAUCUGGAAACGUUGGAGCAGCGCCGAGUAACGCCGUGCGUUGAGCCCGGCUAUCUGAAGCACCAGCUGCCCGACGAGGCGCCGGAAGAACCGGAACCCUGGGAAAAGAUCAUGCAGGACGUGGAGGACAAGAUCAUGCCGGGCGUAACGCACUGGCAGCAUCCGCGCUUUCACGCCUACUUUCCGUCCGGUAACUCGUUCCCCUCGAUACUGGGUGACAUGCUGAGCGAUGGGAUCGGGUGUAUCGGGUUUUCGUGGGCGGCCAGCCCGGCCUGUACCGAGCUGGAGACGAUCGUGCUGGAUUGGUUGGGCAAAGCAAUUGGACUGCCCGAUUCGUUUCUGGCACUUAAACCCGGCAGCCGUGGUGGUGGCGUUAUACAGACGUCCGCGUCGGAGUGUGUGCUGGUAACGAUGCUGGCCGCCCGGGCCCAAGCGAUCAAGUAUCUGAAGCAGCAGCACCCGUUCGUCGAGGAGGGCCACCUGCUGUCCAAGCUGAUGGCGUACUGCUCGAAGGAGGCGCACAGCUGCGUCGAAAAGGCGGCCAUGAUCAGCUUCGUCAAGCUGCGCAUCCUCGAGCCGGACGAAAAGUGUUGCCUGCGGGCGGACACACUGAUAAAGGCAAUGGAGGAAGACGAACAGCAGGGUUUGAUACCGUUCUUCGUGUCGACCACGCUCGGUACGACGGGUUCGUGUGCGUUCGACGAUCUGGCCGAGAUCGGGGAGGCACUGCAGCGCUUCCCAAGCGUCUGGCUGCACGUGGAUGCGGCCUACGCCGGCAAUGCGUUCAUCUGCCCCGAGCUGAAGUACCUGCUGAAGGGCAUUCAGUACGCGGACUCGUUCAACACCAACCCGAACAAGUGGCUGCUGACGAACUUUGACUGCUCGACGCUGUGGGUGCGCGAUCGCAUCCGCCUGACGUCGGCGCUAGUCGUCGAUCCGCUGUAUCUGCAGCACGGGUACACCGAUUCGGCGAUCGACUAUCGGCACUGGGGCGUACCGCUCAGCCGCCGGUUUCGUUCGCUCAAGCUGUGGUUCGUGCUGCGCAGCUACGGCAUCUCCGGGCUGCAGGCGUACAUCCGGCACCAUAUCGAGCUGGCCAAGCGGUUCGAGGCGCUCGUGCUGAAGGACAGCCGAUUCGAGGUGUGCAACGAGGUGCGGCUCGGGCUGGUCUGCUUCCGGCUGAAGGGCACGGACCGGAUCAACGAGAAGCUGCUGAGCAGCAUCAAUGCGUCCGGCAAGCUGCACAUGGUGCCGGCAUCCGUCAACGAUACGUACGUCAUACGGUUCUGUGCCGUGGCGCAAAAUGCCAAGGUUGAGGAUAUUGACUACGCCUGGGACGUCAUAACGGAUUUCGCCUCGGAAAUACUGGAAAAGGAGCAGGCGGACGAGGUCAGCGAGAUCGUCGAUCGGCGCAAAACGCACACGCUCGCCCAGAAGCGCUCGUUCUUCGUGCGCAUGGUUAGCGAUCCGAAGAUCUACAAUCCGGCCAUCAACAAGGCUCAGACGCCGCACCGUAUGUCCACCGAGUUGACCUCACCGGGACACGAUGGAACCGUGGUGAAGGUACAGUCACCCAAGACACCCGGUUCAGCGACAUGGAUCAGCUGGCCAUUGGCAUUCCUAUUCGCGUCCGCCGAUGAUGGCACGAAGAAUGAUGUCACACUCAGAUUCCGCCACCUUGACACGAUGAUGCGACUAUCGGCUUCACGGCGCAACUCCGCCACCGGCGGAUCGUCCCCAUCGCCCGAAGCCGAAAACGGUAUUACCCUGCUGAAGUCGCCCAAAAAAUCCCCGAUUCUGAUGCGAAAGCGUGGCUCAUCGCCGAACCCACCACCGACGGCGGCGGUGGGUGCGAACAAUGGCUCGGCCAAGUAAAAGACCAAACCCACCACCAUCGCUCAAGACGAUCCGGGGUUAGCUAUAGGAAAAUGAAAUUGGAAACCAAAUGAUGCAAAACGGACGCCUGGGGGGAAGGAAACAACACCGUAUCAGGAAGAAGCACAAUAAUCCCGAAUGAUGCACAGGCUCUUUUAAUGAAUCUACCACACCUAUCACUCGUUAGUAUCUGAAAUCUCUGACAUCAACACUACCGCUAAAACUUAAUACCAAGAAAGACUAGGAAAAGUGUAUCAAUCCACAACUCCCCGCAAGACUUGGAUAAUUGGAAAGGAAUCUAAACACUCACGUCCCCUGGAACACGCGCAAAAAGAGCGAUCCUCUAGUAGGGUUAGACAAAUGUUGAACUUAUCUUUGCUGUAUUUAUUCCCACAAUCGCACAAAUAAACACAAAUGAUCGAAUCA